AUGUUCAACUCGAUGACCCCACCGCCAGUCAGUAGCUAUGGCGAGCCCUGCUGUCUCCGACCCCUCCCCAGUCAGGGGGGGUCCAGCAUGGGGACAGAAGGACUGUCUGGUCUGCCCUUCUGCCACCAAGCCAACCUCAUGUCCAGCCCCCACAGUUAUGGGCCAGCCAGAGAGACCAACAGCUGCACUGAGGGCCCACUCUUUCCUCCUCCCCGGAGUACAGUCAAGUUCACCAAGAAGCGGGCACUCUCCAUCUCACCUCUGUCAGAUGCAAGCCUGGACCUGCAGACAGUUAUCCGCACCUCGCCCAGCUCUCUUGUUGCCUUCAUCAACUCACGCUGCACAUCUCCAGGAGGGUCCUAUGGCCAUCUCUCCAUUGGCACCAUGAGCCCAUCUCUGGGAUUCCCACCCCAGAUGAAUCACCAAAAAGGGACCUCACCUUCCUUUGGGGUCCAGCCCUGUGGUCCCCAUGACUCCACCCGGGGUGGGAUGAUGACACAUCCUCAGUCCCGGGUUCCCCUCCCAACUUGCCAGCUAAAGUCUGAGCUGGACUUGCUGGUUGGCAAGUGCCCGGAAGAGCCCUUGGAAGGUGAUAUGUCUAGCCCCAACUCCACAGGCACACAGGAUCCCCUGUUAGGGAUGCUGGAUGGGCGGGAGGACCUUGAGAGAGAGGAGAAGCCUGAGCCUGAAUCCGUGUAUGAGACUGAUUGCCGCUGGGAUGGCUGCAGCCAGGAAUUUGACUCCCAGGAGCAGCUGGUGCACCACAUCAACAGUGAGCACAUCCAUGGGGAGCGGAAGGAGUUCGUGUGCCAUUGGGGGGGCUGCUCCAGGGAGCUGAGGCCCUUCAAAGCCCAGUACAUGCUGGUGGUGCAUAUGCGCAGACACACAGGCGAGAAGCCACACAAGUGCACGUUUGAAGGGUGCCGGAAGUCAUACUCACGCCUUGAAAACCUGAAGACACACCUGCGGUCACACACGGGUGAAAAGCCAUACAUGUGUGAGCAUGAGGGCUGCAGUAAAGCCUUCAGCAAUGCCAGUGACCGAGCCAAGCACCAGAAUCGGACCCACUCCAAUGAGAAGCCAUAUGUGUGUAAGCUCCCUGGCUGCACCAAACGCUAUACAGAUCCCAGCUCACUUCGAAAACAUGUCAAGACAGUUCAUGGUCCUGAUGCUCAUGUGACCAAGCGGCACCGAGGCGAUGGCCCCCUGCCCCGGGCACAGUCCCUUUCCACAGUGGAGCCCAAGAGAGAGCACGAUGGAGGCCCCAUCAGGGACGAGAGCAGGCUGACCGUGCCAGAGGGUGCCACGAAGCCACAGCCAAGCCCUGGGGCCCAGUCAUCCUGCAGCAGUGACCACUCCCCGGCAGGCAGUGCAGCCAAUACAGACAGCGGUGUGGAAAUGACUGGCAAUGCAGGGGGCAGCACUGAGGACCUGUCCAGCUUGGAUGAGGGGCCUUGCAUUGCUGGCACUGGUCUGUCCACUCUUCGCCGUCUUGAGAACCUCAGGCUGGACCAGUUGCAUCAGCUCCGGCCAGGCGGGCCCCGGGGCCUCAAACUGCCCAGCUUGACCCACACUGGCACCCCAGUGUCCCGCCGCCUGGGCCCACCAGCCUCUCUUGACCGCCGCAGCAGCAGCUCCAGCAGCAUCAGCUCUGCCUAUACUGUUAGCCGCCGCUCCUCCCUGGCUUCGCCUUUCCCCCCUGGAUCCCCACCAGAGAAUGGGGCAUCCUCCCUGCCUGGCCUCACACCUGCCCAGCACUACCUGCUCCGGGCAAGAUGUGCUUCAGCCAGGGGGGGUGGUACUCCACCCACUGUAGCACCUGUCCUGGAUCGGAUGGGAGGUCUUCCUGUACCUCCUUGGAGAAGCCGAGCUGAGUAUCCAGGAUACAACCCCAAUGCAGGGGUCACUCGGAGGGCCAGUGACCCAGCCCGGGCUGCUGACCGCCCUGCUCCAGCCAGAGUCCAGCGGUUCAAGAGCCUAGGUUGUGUCCACACACACCCCACUGUGGCAGGGGGAGGUCAGAACUUUGAUCCUCGCCUCCCAACCUCUGUCUAUUCACCACAGCCCCCCAGCAUCACUGAGAAUGUUGCUAUGGACACCAGAGGGCUACGGGAGGAGCCAGAGGUUGGGGCCUCCAUGAUGGGUAGUGAUCUCAUCCCCUAUGUGGAAUUCCCACCUGCUGAUACUCUAGGAUAUGGGGUACCUGAGGGAGCAGCAGCUGAGCCUUAUGGAACUAGGGGUCCAGGCUCCCUGCCUCUUGGGCCUGGUCCACCCACCAACUAUGGCCCCAACCCCUGUCCCCAGCAGAUCUCCUAUCCUGACCCCAACCCAGAAACAUGGGGUGAGUUCCCUUCCCACUCGGGGCUAUACCCAGGCCCCAAGACUCCAGGUGGAGCCUAUAGCCAGUGUCCUCGACUUGAACAUUAUGGACAAGUGCAGGUCAAGCCGGAACAGGGGUGCCCAGUGGGGUCUGACUCCACAGGACUGGCACCCUGCCUCAAUGCCGAUCCCAAUGAAGGGCCUCCUCGCCCACAGCCUCUAUUCUCCCACUACCCCCAACACCCUCCUCCCCAAUAUCCCCAGUCAGGCCCCUACAGCCAGCCGCCCCAUGAUUAUCUUCCUUCAGAACUCAGGCCUGGCCUGGAUUUUGAUUCCCCUACUCAUUCCACAGGACAGCUCAAGGCUCAGCUUGUGUGUAAUUAUGUUCAGUCUCAACAGGAGCUACUGUGGGAAGGUGAGGGCAGGGCAGAUGCCCCAGUCCAGGAACCUCCCUACCAGAGUCCCAAGUUCCUAGGGGGUUCCCAGGUUAGCCCAAACCCUGCCAAGGCCCCAGUGGCCACAUAUGGACCUGGCUUUGCACCCAACUUGUCCAAUCACAAGUCAGGCUCCUAUCCCACCCCAUCACCAUGCCAUGAAAAUGUUGUGGGGGCAAACAGGGCUUGCCAUAGAGCAACAGCACCACCCCGACUUCUGCCCCCAUUGCCCACUUGCUAUGGGCCCCUCAAGGCAGGUGGCACCAACCCCAGCUGUGGCCAUCCUGAGGUGGGCAGGCUGGGAGGGGGUCCUGCCUUGUACCCUCCUCCCGAAGGGCAGGUGUGUAACCCUCUGGACUCUCUUGAUCUUGACAACACUCAGCUGGACUUUGUGGCUAUUCUGGAUGAGGCCCAGGGGCUGAGCCCUCCCCAUGCCCAUGAUCAGGAGGUUACCUCUGAACACACCCCAUCUCCCUCUGGGCCUCCCAACAUGGCUGUGGGCAACAUGAGUGUCUUACUGAGAUCCCUGCCUGGAGAGACACAAUUCCUCAACUCUAGCGCCUGA